UGAGUCGUCUCGGAGUUCAUUUUCAGUGGUUUCUAACCCGCUUUUGUCUCUGUCCCAAUGCAGAUCUCCUAAAAUGGUCCGCUACUCUCUCGACCCAGAGAACCCGACUAAAUCAUGCAAGUCGAGGGGCUCCAACCUUCGUGUUCACUUCAAGAACACCCGUGAGACCGCUCAGGCCAUCAAAGGCAUGCACAUCCGCAAAGCUAACAAGUACCUGAAGGAUGUAAUGAUCAAGCACCAGUGUGUUCCUUUCCGUCGUUACAAUGGAGGUGUUGGUCGUUGUGCCCAGGCCAAGCAGCAUGGCUGGACUCAGGGACGCUGGCCCAAGAAAAGUGCAGAGUUUCUGCUCCAUAUGCUAAAGAACGCAGAAAGCAAUGCUGAGCUCAAGGGUUUGGAUGUGGACUCUCUGGUGAUUGAGCACAUCCAGGUGAACAAGGCCCCAAAGAUGCGAAGGCGCACGUAUCGUGCACACGGACGCAUCAACCCCUACAUGAGCUCCCCAUGCCACAUCGAAAUGAUCCUCACUGAGAAGGAGCAGAUUGUUCCCAAACCAGAAGAGGAGGUAUCUCAGAAGAAAAAGAUUUCCCAGAAGAAACUGAAGAAGCAGAAGCUUAUGGCUCGGGAGUAAAUGUAAAUAAAGUCCAACAUUCGUACUACACAA